UCCAGCAACGCAGCGACUCGUUUGCUCCGCUCAUGACGAGGUGACGACGAAGGCACACGCAGAACCCAACACUAUAAAUGGUUAAAUACAUCAACACCGUCUACCGGCCGAAACCCCAACUUAACUAAAACCCACACUUAACCUUCCCAACACAAAACAAAGAAAGAAAAUGGCGACGGAGCAAACCAAGUUCAGCGUUAUGUGCAGCCUCUUCAACUGGACGCAGCGUGCCAAGUCGCCGGCCAAGAAGCGCGCAAAGUUCCGCAAGUUCCUCGACUCAUUCUGCGCCGACCGCAACUUCUUCCCUGCCAUUCGCCUCGUCCUCCCCAACCUCGACCGCGAGCGCGGCUCCUACGGCCUCAAGGAGUCAGUCCUCGCCAUUUCCCUCAUCGACGCCCUCGGCAUGUCUCGCGACUCCGAAGACGCCCUUCGCCUCAUUAAUUGGCGCAAGGGCGGCGCCAAGACCGGCGCCAAUGCCGGCAAUUUCGCCCUCGUCGCCACCGAGGUACUCCAGCGCAGGCAAGGUACUGCUUCGGGUGGAUUGACGAUAAAGGAGGUAAAUGACUUGCUUGAUCAGUUGGCUGCUAGUGAAAACAGGGCCGAGAAGACUCAGGUUCUUUCUACCUUUAUCCAAAAGACAAAUGCACAGGAAAUGAAGUGGAUUAUCAUGAUAGUCCUCAAAGAUCUGAAGCUAGGAAUUAGUGAAAAAAGCAUUUUUCAUGAAUUCCAUCCUGAUGCUGAAGACUUAUUUAAUGUUACAUGUGACUUAAAAUUAGUGUGUGAAAAACUAAGGGAUCGGAAUCAGCGUCAUAAGCGACAGGAUAUUGAAGUUGGAAAAGCUGUGCGUCCUCAGCUAGCUAAGAGAGUUGCUAAUGCAGCUGAAGCAUGGAAGAAGCUUCAUGGGAAGGAAGUGGUUGUCGAGUGCAAAUUUGAUGGUGACCGCAUUCAAAUUCACAAAAAUGGAACAGAGAUACAUUUCUUCUCGAGGAACUUCCUUGAUCAUUCAGAAUAUGCACAUGCAAUGUCAGAAAUCAUACAGCAAAACAUUUUGGUAGAUAGGUGCAUACUUGAUGGUGAAAUGUUGGUUUGGGACAGUUCCUUGAAUCGUUUUGCUGAGUUUGGCUCAAAUCAGGAAAUAGCCAAGGCAGCAAGGGAUGGACUUGACAGUGACAGACAGAGAAUUUAUAUCUAAAAUGCCUUGACUUCAGAUUGGCUAGAUGUUGCAUUUGAUAUCCUUUAUUUUGGAGAUACUAGUGUAAUUCACCAAACUUUGAAGGAACGACAUGAGAUUCUCCGUAAAGUUGUGAGGCCAUUGAAGGGGCGCCUUGAAAUUUUAGUACCUAAUGGUGGUCUUAAUAGUCAUUGCUCUUCUGGUGAACCAUGUUGGUCAUUCAUUGCUCAUAAUGUGGAUGAAGUUGAGAAAUUUUUCAAAGAAACUAUAGAGAACAGAGAUGAGGGAAUAAUUAUCAAAGACCUCGGUUCUAAAUGGGAGCCUAGUGAUCGAAGUGGAAAGUGGCUAAAAUUGAAGCCUGAGUACAUUCAAGCUGGCGCUGAUCUGGAUGUGCUUAUCAUAGGAGGUUAUUAUGGCUCUGGACGACGUGGAGGGGAGGUUGCUCAGUUCUUGGUGGGCCUUGCUGAGCGUCCAUCCCCAAAUACACAUCCCAAGCGGUUUAUCUCCUUCUGUAGAGUUGGUACUGGGCUUUCUGAUGAUGAGCUUGAUGCGUUAGUAACAAAACUCAAACCUUACUUCCGAAAGUAUGAAUAUCCGAAGAAGAGGCCGCCAAGUUUCUAUCAAGUAACUAAUCAUUCAAAAGAAAGGCCUGAUGUGUGGGUUGAUAGCCCUGAAAAAUCGAUUAUUCUGUCCAUAACCAGUGAUAUCCGAACUAUAGAAUCUGAGGUAUUUGCUGCACCGUACAGCCUGAGGUUUCCUCGGAUUGACAGGGUGAGAUAUGACAAAGCUUGGUACGAAUGCCUUGAUGUGCAAUCAUUCAUAGAACUAGUACAGUCCAGCAAUGGUACUACUCAGAGGGAUACAGAAACCAAGCAGGGUGGCAAAUCAAAUCGUAUAAGGUCCUCCAUAAGGGGAGAAAAGAAAAACAUGUCCAUUGUUCCUUCUCAUUUAACUCAGACUGAUGUUUCCAGUAUCAAGGGAGACUCUCGUAUAUUUUCAAAUAUGAUGUUUUACUUCGUUAAUGUGCCUCCAUCUCAUUCUCUUGAGAGCUUGCACAAAAUGAUUGCAGAGAAUGGGGGAGUUUUCUCAAUGAACUUGAAUAACUCUGUCACUCAUCGUGUGGCAGCAGAGAGCAAGGGGUUUAAAUUUGAAGCUGCAAAACGUCAUGGUGAUAUCAUUCACUACAGUUGGAUAUUAGAUUGCUGCUCACAAAAGAAGCUUGUCCCCUUACAGCCAAAGUACUUCCUCUUCCUAUCUGAAGUAACAAGGAAGAAGUUACAAGAAGAAAUUGACGAGUUCUCUGACUCUUACUACAUGUAUAUUGAUCUUGGAGAGUUCAAACAGCUCUUAAACACUAUUAAUCGGUCAGAAGAUAUCAGUACUAUUGAUCAUUACAGCAAAAAAUACUGCCCAAAGGAUGAGUGGUCUGUCUUUAUUGGAUGCUCCAUAUAUUUCCACACUGCAAUACCAUCAGUGAAAGGGGACUGGGAAGUUCUAUUGCAACUUGCUUUGAGAAGAUUCAAGGUUGAAGUUCUCAUGGGCGGUGGUAGAGUUACUGACAAACUUACUUGUGCAACCCAUUUAGUUGUCUUGUCAGUUCCAGGAUAUGAUGCCGAAUUUGAUGAGAUACAGAGAUGUUUUACUUCAGUGGAUAGGAGGUUUCUCCAGAGCAAGAGGUUGCAUAUAAUAAAAUCCCAUUGGUUUGAAGAUUGUCUGGACAAUAACAAAAGAUUACCAGAAGAAAGUUACAGCUUGAGGCCCUCUGCAAUAGAAGAGUCAACAUCUGAAAAUGGUGAAAAUGACAUCUUAGAGGCUCACUUUGGUGGAGACAAUGUACAAGACCAGAAUGUACCCUCUGAAAAGGAAAAUAGACAGAGAAGUGCAAAAGCUGCUCAUGAACACAGUUUGGCCACGGUGUCCCAUGAGAAUGUUGGCCCAAGGAAGAGAGGAAGACCUGCAGGGAGAGGUGUUAAAAAUGUUAAGAUGGCUGGCAACAAAGCCCAAAGAGCACGGCCACGCACUGUGAGAAAGCGUGCAAAAAUAAGCGAGUAUGAAUCGGACAAAAGUGAUUCUCAUGACAAUGAACCAGAAGAGCAGGAGGAUGACACCGGAGAAGCAAGUUUUGAUAUUUAUAAUAGACAUUUGGAACCUCAGGAGGUCGAGCAACAGGCCAAUGUCCAAGUUGCUGAAACAGAAGAAAGUUCUGAACCAAACAGGGCAGUGCAUGAUUUGAGGAAUAGUAGUGAGAGUGAAAGAAUGUAUGUUCCAGAAAUAAAAAUGGCAGAUAGGACCAAUGACCAAAACAGUGAAUUGGCUAAUGAAAUUGAAAAUCGGGCUCAUCCCAUGUUAUUUGACAAGAUUCCGAGCCUUGCUACCGCCAAGAAAGUUGAGGACACUAAGCAUUGUGAUCUAAAAGAAGAGAGGGCAGCAGCAGCAGCAGAAAGCAGUAGCACCAAUGCUGCAGAACCUACAAUCACUAAGAAAAAGAAAGUUAGCUACAAGGACGUUGCCAAUGACCUGCUCAAAGAUUGGUAGAUAGGGCAGCGCCUCUAUCAUUCUGUAUAUGUAUAUAUUAAUUGAAUUAAAUUAAUAUGUAUGAGCCACAAGUUUCAUUGUCGAUUCAGUUUGUUCAAAUCUUGGAUAGUUGACAGUGGAAUUGUCUCUGGAAGAGUGGUUAUUUUGUAAAAGUUAUGAUUUUGAUGUCCAGUUAUAAGA